AUGGUGCUACUAGUCACCGUGGCUUUACACCACCGAGACCACUUUUCUCAAGGCAAUGCCAGGCGGGCCUUUGGCUACGAGGCUUACCACUGGGGCAUCAUCGUCUCGCCUCUGGUCAGCCAGGCACAAGACUGCUGGGCUUACGACGCCACCGACAAGUGCUACAUAGACCCUGCCACCAUGCGAGUGGUGAACCCCACCAUGGACUGGUGGUUCAGAAGCACGGAUAUCGACCCCGUGCUCAGUGACAAACUUCUCGGGCGCAUCAUCAUCGGACAGGUGCCAGACGGAACAACAAUCUCGGAGAUUCACAUGUUUUUUGAGAGCGUGCCCCUGCCGGUCAAAGACAUGGAUCCACAACAGAGCUGCGUGACGUGGGUGACGAAUGCUAUUCAGCGUCUUCAGGGACACGGUUGGGUGAGAGGUUUUGACCUUGGUCCCUUCAAGGACUUCGCACUCUCUUCCGCCGAUCACUGGAACGGCCUACCGGGGUCGUCAAAGCCUGGGGUGAUAGAGUGUGACAAUUAG